AAAUGCAAUACUUUAAGCCCAAGACUAUACUUGCAGUCAUACUUGUUGGGGAGAGCGCAAAUCUGCAGGCCAGCAUGUCGCAGGCAUUUCAGCGACAGUCACGGAAAUCUUUAAUAGGCAUUUUAUUGCUCACCUUCUGGGCUUUUCUGGCGCAAGGAGUUUUGGCAUCGGCAUAUGCCGAUGAGCUCCACAAGGAGAACGAUUUUCCUACCUUGGCCAAGCGACCCGCAUUCUUCGUGGGCAGCCGAUAUGGACGAGCUAGCGGAAAUAGCGGUGCCGGCGGAAAUGGCGCCGCCUCGACCGGAAUGGGAACCUCUAAGACGCGACGCCUAAUCAUAGUACCCCGGAAUGAUCGGUUUUUCCUAGGCUCACGAUAUGGCAAGCGCAGCGACGAAUACCUGUCGCCAUACGAGCAGAACAGCCUGGGCUUGGGCCUAGGCAAGGGAUCCCUGCGGGAAGCCGAGCGGUCUGUCGAGGCCGACGAGAAGCCUAGCAGCUUAGCAAGAAACUCGCCCGUCAUGUCGAUGACCAUGUCGUGCGUUUACACGGGCAUCAGCAACUUCUACAGGUGCAGCAAUGUCAACACAGAGGAGCUCGGCAACUUGGUGGGCCGCAGCGAUGGCGUGACACUGGACUCCAAUAGCAUAGCCGCGGAGGAUGCGAACACCGACAUUAAGUAAGACGCCAGCGGACGGAUUGAUUGACCAACCUGCAGUGGCGGAUCAUUUCCUCUGACAGUUAAUAUCCUUGUUAUCCCUUGGCUUUCGGCUACUCAUGUAGCGUAUCUUAUGUUCAAAAUGAAGCAGCUGGUAUUAAAAUUUUUAACGGGGCUGGAAAAGUUUUAAUACCCAACAAUAAAUCUGUAAAUAAGUAUACAUACAAUAAAUACAUACAUACAUAUAUGCAUACAUCUGUAUCAAAUAACAUACCUAGGUAAUUCAAUUACUUAUUACAAAUAAGCGAAUUGUAUUUAAAUGCUUACCGAGCAUCUCAAGCUACUCACGCGCUUCAGUGAGUAUAAAGGAUCCUUUGGCUUCGCAAUGCUAGUUCCAUAUUAAUACCAACUUACAUAUGCACAGAAUUCAUGCAUGUAUUUUACCUAUUCACUCGUACAAUUGUAAACGUUAAAUAAAUGCAAGAAAAUAUAUAAUUAA